AUGGGAAAUAUUUCGAUUAAAUAGUUAAAAUUAUCCGCCAGUCGAAAUUGGCCCCUUAAAUACAUUAUACCUAAAUAGACCAGAUUAGAGCAGAGUUAUGUUUUGGCUAUUUUUGUGGCUGGCUGUGUUCGCAUUUGCCCUUUACCGACUGCAAAGGAGGAAGCUUUAUCAGAUCAGUGAGGAGCUUCCACUCCGAGCUAAGUGCUAUCCGGUUAUCGGACAUACUUAUCUUCUGAAAAAUUCUGAUGCUGAUGGUACCGUUUGGUUCAAAGCUUUAGGCAGACUGGCCAUUGAAAAUGGAGGCAUCGCAUCAUUUUGGGUGCUUAAUAAGCUGUAUAUAGUCGUAGCUGACCCGGAAACUUCUGAAGUCGUAUUGAAGUCUUGUAUGGAGAAAGGUUUCAUCACUCAAUUCAUACGGACGCUAAUUGGCAAUGGCAGUAUAUUUGCUUCAGUUGACAUUUGGCGGCCGCGGCGAAAAGUUUUAGCUCCAGUCUUUAGUAUGAAGAACCUUAACGAAUUUGUAAAAGUAUUUGCUAAGCAAAGCAUGAUCAUGGCCGACUUGCUGGAGCCGAUGGCUGGAGGCGCUGACUUCUCCGUUUGGAGAUAUUUCAACACUUACACGUUCGAUUCAGUUUGCGAAUCAACAUUAGGCAUCGAUUUGAACAGUCAAAAGAAUCCGAAUCACAGCUUCCUCACUGCGUUUGACUUCGCGUCGCAAGAGCUGGCGAAGCGACUCGUAUCGCCGUGGAUGUACCCGGAGUUCAUUUACCGGCUGCUCCCGAGAUACAAGAAAUUUGACUACCACAGGAAUGUCAUACAUACAUUUUUUGAUGAGAUAAUAGAAAUUAAACUAAAACAGCUUUCUACACAAAAAGGAGAUAAAAAUGAUAUCAAUGGCACUGAAAAAACGUUCUUAGACAUGAUGAUACAGUCGUCAGACCGGCAAGAGAAGAAGUACUCGGACCUGGAGCUGCGCGAGGAGCUGAUGGUGAUCGUGAUGGCCGGCACCGACACCUCCGCCGUGGGCGCCUCCUUCGCGGCCGCCAUGCUGGCUCGCCAUCCCGAGGUUCAGAAAAAACUUCACCAUGAGUUAGAUGACGUAUUCGGUGACUCAGACCGAGCCUUGACCGUGGAAGACUUGCCGAAGCUCAAAUACUUGGAGGCGGUCAUCAAAGAGACUUUACGGCUGUACCCUCCAGUGCCCCUCACGGCGAGAGAAGUCAUGAAUGAUGUGACAUUACCAUCAGGCACUACUCUGGUGGACGGGGUAUCAGUAGUACUGAACAUCUGGGCGACGCACCGCAACCCCGCGUUCUGGGGAGCUGACGCGGAGCAGUUCCGACCGGACCGGUUCCUGGAGGGGCCGCUCAAGCACCCGCUGCAGUUCCAGCCCUUCUCGCUGCCCAUGAGAAACUGUCUAGGAUACAACUACGCAAUGAUGUCGAUGAAGACUAUGAUGGCCAACAUGCUCCGCCGCUACAGGAUCCUGCCGCCUAGCCACAUGGACGAGCACAAGCUCAAGGAACCCCUGAAAGUGUCUUUCGACAUCAUGAUGAGGGAUAUGGACAACUAUGAAAUAAGGCUAGAGAAUAGAAGGAAACGUCAUUAGCUAAGGGAAGAUGGUCAUUUUUCUAUUAUUUUUCAAUAAAACUUUUAAAAUGAAAAACAUCUGUUCAAAAUCGAUGAUGACCAACCAUUUAUCAGGAUUAAAACAUGUGUAUAAUAUGACAAAAAUAUUUGCUUUCUCGUUAAUAUUUCUUACAGUGAUAAGAUAACGCAAUUAUUAUUUAUUCCAUUUGUUUUAUUACGUUAUGACAAGCUGUAUUAAAAUUUUGACUUGAA